UGCUUGGUUUACUUCCACCACUUGAGUUCAGUCUGGAAGUUUUAUAAAGAACCAAACUUUGUUUAUAGUUUCCUGUUUCAGUUUUCCCGGCGAUGCCUACGCCGGUUUCUUCGGCCAGGCAAUGCCUAACCCCAGACGCGGCCCACGCGCUCGACGAGGCCGUGUCCGUCGCGCGCCGCAGAGGCCACGCGCAGACCACCUCCCUCCACGCAGUCUCCGCCCUUCUCUCUCUCCCCAACUCCACCCUACGCGAGGCAUGCGCGCGUGCACGCAACGCGGCUUACUCGCCGCGGCUCCAGUUCAAGGCCCUCGACCUCUGCCUCAGCGUCUCCCUGGACCGGGUCGUUUCCUCGGCCCAGCUCAGGGACGACCCGCCUGUUUCGAACUCGCUCAUGGCAGCCGUGAAAAGGUCUCAGGCCAACCAGAGAUGGCAGCCGGAGAAUUACCACCUCUACCAUCAGCUCCAGCAGCACCAGUCCACCUCCAUGUCCUGCGUCAAAGUCGAGCUCCGCCACCUCAUUCUCUCCAUUCUCGACGACCCGGUUGUCAGUCGGGUCUUCGCCGAAGCGGGUUUCCGGAGCUCCGAAAUCAAGCUCGCUAUUCUCCGCCCUCUUCCUCAGCUCCUCAGAGGACACCCUCCUCCUCUCUUCCUCUGCAACCCGGAGCCGGGUCCGGUUCCGGGUCGUCGCCUGCCAGAUUUCCCGUUCUCGGGUUUCCACAACGUAGACGAGAAUUGUCGGAGAAUAGGAGAAGUUUUAGGAAGGAACAGGAAUCCUCUGCUUGUGGGUGUAUGUGCUUACGAUGCUCUUCAGGUCUUUAUGGACUCGCUAACUAAAGAUGGUGUCUUGCCGGUGGAGCUGUUCGGGUUGAGUUCAGUUUCGAUCGAAAAAGAGUUGUCUGAGUUUAAAACUGACAAAGGGGGAUUGAGUUCGAGGCUGGACGAGGUGGGUGAGUUAGUAGAGAAGUGUGUUGGACCUGGGGUUGUGGUGAACAUUGGAGACUUGAAGACGUUUGUCGGGGAAGAGUGUUUGGGUGAGGCAGUGAGUUACGUGGUGGCGCAGUUGACGAGGCUGGUGGAGGUUCGCCGUGGUAGAGUGUGGUUCAUUGGAGCUACGGCGAGUUAUGGGAGCUACUUGAAGUUUGUGAGUAUGUUUCCGUCGGUGGAGAAAGACUGGGACUUGCAGCUUCUGCGGAUGACUUCGGUUGGAGCUGAAUCAUAUCCAAGGUCCAGCUUGAUGGAUUCAUUUGUUCCAUUUGGAGGGUUCUUCUCUGCACCUUCUGACCUAAAGCUCCCAUUAGGCAGUUCAAAUUGGUGCCUUCCUCGCAAUCGUCAGUGCAAUGAAAAGAAUGAGCAAGAAGUAUCUGAUGUUCCCAAGGGAGGCUUUAGUACUUCAGUGGCAGGUCAGCAUCAAGCUAGCUUGCCUUCGUGGAUGCAGCUUGCUCCUGUUGGCCCAAACAAGGGGUUGGAUCUGAAGACCCAAGACGAUGGAGUGCUAUUGAGUUCCAAAGUUACAAGUCUGCAAAAAGAAUGGGACAAUACAGAUGAAUCUCAUCCUUUGCCUUUAGCUAACUUGUUUCCAACUAUAGUGGGCUUUGAGUUUGUUAAAGAUGAGAAGCACAAUCACAGCAACAAGACCUAUAUUUCUUCGAAUGAUUCACUCAUCCCCAUAGAUGUGCAAGAGAUUUCGUCUUCUCGAUCCAGCGUUCCUCCGAAGGCUAAGAGUGAAAGUUUCUCUUCUGAGGUAUGGGAAAAACCUGUAAAAGAUGAAGAUACUGAAUCGGGUACUGUCAAGUUUUCAUGCACUUUGUCCAAUUCAAGCAUAGUUGAGGGUAGCCGAACAUCUCCAACAUCUUCAACUUCUGUGACAACAGAUUUAGGACUAGGAAUUUGCUCUUCUCCUGCUAGUAAGUUGGACUUAAAUCUGAAUCAAGGAUGUCAAAAUGACGUGUCCAGUUUCUCUUCCUCUGAUGUGGAUGUAAUCAAUGGCAAUUCUGCUAUUUAUUCUGCUCAGUCAUCAUUCUGCUCAAGUGCUGACAAACAUGGGCAGUUUGUUCCAAGUAAUGGCAAGAUGCUGAUUAAAGCUCUCUUGGAGAGGGUUGACUGGCAAACUGAAGCUAUAAGUGCUAUUAGCCAACGAAUAGCUCAUUGCCGAUCAAGAAGUGAACAUCGCACUGCAGCUAGGCACCGAAGGGAUAUAUGGUUCAAUUUUAUUGGACCAGAUAGGUAUGGUAAAAAGAAAAUUGCUAGUGUGCUUGCUGAGGUAUUAUAUGGGAACCGGGAACAAUUGAUCUGUGUGGAUCUUAAUUCUCAGGAUGGAAUGCUUCAUUCAGACACAUUGUUUGGUGGUCAAGUAUUGAAUGGUUAUGAUGCAAAGUAUAGAGGUAAGACAGUUGUUGAUUACGUUGCUGGAGAAAUCUGCAAGAAACCAUUGUGCAUUGUGUUCCUAGAAAAUGUAGACAAGGCUGAUGUUGUGGCUCAGAAUAGUUUAUCCCAGGCUAUUUUGACCGGUAAAUUUUCAGAUUCCCAUGGAAGACUAGUCAGCACAAGUAACGCAAUGUUCAUUACAACUACAGAAAAGGGCUGCAGCAUUCUCACAUCCGAAAUGGCACCUUCCAACUAUUCAGAGAAAAGAAUCUCACGAGCAAAAGGGUGGCCUAUCCAGAUUACAGUUGAAUGUGCAGUUGAAGGCAGUACAGUAAGUCAAAAUUGGAGGACAUCCCCGACCACAACUAAAGAUAACAUCCCUCAUUUUUUGAACAAAAGGAAGUUGUCUGGUGGAGGCGAACCUCUAGAGCAGCAUGUAGUCUCAGAGAUGAGUAAACGGCCUCACAAACCGUCGAGUAGGUUUCUGGAUCUCAACCUUCCAGCUGAAGAGAAUGCAGUGCAGCAUCUAGAUGAUGAGACAUCCGAAAAUGACUGCCUAUCUGGAAACUCCAAUCCCUGGUUGCAAGAAUUCACUGAUCAGGUAGAUGAAACAGUGGCAUUCAAGCCGGUUGAUUUCGAUGCACUUGCUGAGAAUAUAUCAAAGCUGAUCAAAAACAGCUUCCGUCAGUUCAUUGGUUCAGAGUGCUUGCUAGACAUCUCGACAGAAGUCAUGGAACGACUACUUGCAUCUGCGUACUUGUCGGACAAACACAAGGUGGUGGAAAACUGGGUGGAGCAAGUUUUGAGCAGAGGAUUCGCAGAGGUCCAGAAGCGUCACAACCUCGACGCUCACUGCACUGUAAAACUUAAAGCUUGCGACCACAUAUGCUUGGAGGAUUCAUCACCAGAAGACUACUUCCCACCCAAAAUCAUACUAAAGUGAGUAGGCAUUUGCUUAAGAAAAAGUCUCCUUGUAAAUUACAUGUAUAAUGUAGCUUGUAGCUUGUAACUUUUGUAGCAAGGUAGUAAAUCCUUGUCUACUGUGCUUAGCGUCAUAGUCCCCAUGGUUGUAAACUUGUAUUUAGUGUUCUGCUUGCUGCUAAUGAUGCUUAAAUCUGCAGCAAGUGUGCUUGUUUUGAAUGUGAAUCAAUGUAAAACUCUAGUGUGCUUCUGUGAAAGUAAAGCAAAA